UAACGACCCGAAUAAUCACAUACUGCUUGUUUUUUGCACUUUUUUGAGACCGGACAAUUUAAAAAAAACUUGAAUGCAAUAUUGGAUUAAAGGAAAUCUGCUUUGCCCCUCCAUGAAUGUGUAUUAUAUGCAGUAGGCUAUCGUGUGCAGUGUGUUUUUGAGAUAGAUUGUGCACAGCCUUACCUCACUUCUCAUGCAGAACGCGUCCACGGACGCGCCACGUCCUUCACACACACACCAGGUCUGUCUAACCACCAAAGCUGUUAGCUGUUGAGGCUAUCAGCCUAUUUAGUAACUUUGAUCGGGUACAAUUUCUGAAUCUGUAUUUAAAAUCAGAUAGGAUACCCAUAGGGACGGGCUACUACGUCGCUGUGAGGACGCAUCAACAAACCGAAAAGGGGAACCAACGUGCUCUGAAUACAGACACCCAACUAUUGACACCUAAUGUAGCCUUGCUCACCGCUCCUUUAGGACAAAGCCAACAGCUAAUCGAUCAGAGGACUUGCUGUUUAGCCUAUAGGCCUCUCUGUUUUCUAAUUAAAACAGGAAAAGGUUUUCAGUUUUAACACGUUAUUUUAUCGGGAUUAUUCACCUGUUGUCUUUGAACAAUCUCCGCUUUAUUCCAGAGGGAGACAUUGGCCAUCCGCCAUCGGCUCUCUCCGAAGCGCACAGAAAAGAAGCAGUAGCCUACACAUACAAGCAAGUCCCCAAAGACGAGAGCUGUCUCUUGCUUUGACAUGCUGUAGGGGUUUUGUCUGGACUGGACUUAUGGCUUCGCUGUAUCAGAGAUUCACCGGUAAGAUUAAUACAAAUAACUCUUUCCCGCACCCACCUGAGGCCAGCCACCUACUCGGCGGACAGGUCGCGGAUGAGGAGAACAACACAGGGAAGACCUCUCAGCCCGUCGCCGACGGCAGAGCCCAUGUUCCCUACCGAAAGAAAAAUGCGAGCGAGGACGAGCAUGAGCUGGUGGGCAGUGCCCCUCCACAGAGGAACUGGAAGGGGAUAGUCAUCGCCCUGCUGGUCAUCUGCAUCAUCUUGUCUCUGAUUGUCACCGCUGUCAUCGUGCUCACCCCAAUUGCAGAUGAUAGCCUUGCCCUCAAGAAGAAAGUCACCAUUGAGGACGUCUUCGGAGGAGAUUUUCAUGUGCACGACCCCGACGCUACAUGGCUCAGCGACAAUGUACUGCUGUAUCGAACACAAGAAGGGGAUGUGGUCAAACUCAACGUCGAAACACAGGAGAGGGUCGUUUUGGUGGAGAACAGGAUGUUUGAAAUGUAUAAAGCCACCAAGUACCAAAUAUCUCCAGACCUGGAACAUGUGUUGUUGGCCUACAACGUGGCCCCAAUCUACCAGCACUCCUACAUGGCAUUCUACAUCAUCUGUAGUCUCAUCACCCCGGAAACAUGGAGUCUGAAUCCUCCUGAGGUACGGAACUCCCUCCUGCAGUAUGCUGGAUGGGGACCCAAGGGCCAACAGUUGAUCUUUAUCUUUGAGAACAACAUCUACUACAGAGCGACAGUGGAGAGCAGAACCAUUCGCCUGGUGUCCACAGGGAAGGAGCGAGUCAUCUUCAAUGGCCUGAGUGACUGGCUGUAUGAAGAGGAGAUACUGCAGACCCACAUAGCCCAUUGGUGGUCUCCAGACGGUCUCAGACUGGCCUAUGCCACCAUCAACGACACCCUGGUGCGCAAGAUGGAGGUCCCCAUCUUCACUGGCGCCCUGUAUCCAACAGGGCUGGAGUGUCACUACCCUAAGGCUGGGGAGGACAACCCUGUAGUACACCUGUCUGUGGUGAGUCUGAACGGACCCCUUCACACGGUGGAGAUGAAGAAGCCAGACGACCCCAGGAUAGGAAGAGAAUAUUACAUCACAAUGGUAAAGUGGGCCACCAGCACCAAGCUGGCAGUCAAUUGGCUGAACAGAGCUCAGAACAACUCCAUACUGACACUGUGUGAGGCCACCACAGGAGUGUGCACCAAGAAACAUGAGGAUGAAAGUGAGGGCUGGCUACACAGACAGAACGAGGAGCCACUCUUCUCCCAUGAUGGAUACAAGUUCUUCUUCACCAGAGCUAUUCCUCAGGGUGGAAGGGGAAAGUUCUUCCAUAUCUCCAUGUCCACCUCCCAGCCCAACACCAGCACAGACACUCUGCAGUCCCUGACAUCAGGAGACUGGGACGUGACUCAGAUACUGGCCUACAGCCAAGAAAGGCAGCUCAUAUACUUUUUGAGCACAGAGGAUGAUCCAAAACGACGACACCUCUACAGUGCGGACACCAAUGGCCCAUUUAACCGCUGCUGUCUGUCGUGUGAGUUCAAGUGUGGCUAUGUGGACGGCUCCUUCAGCCACAACAUGCAGUACUUCCUGCUCAACUGUAAAGGCCCUGAUGUACCCAGUGUUGCCAUCUACAGUACCAAAGACAUACAGAAGGUCCUGGACCUGGAGACUAACGAGGGAGUGAAUAACACGUACCACAGCAUGCAGAUGCCCAAAGUGGAGUACGAGACCAUCACCAUAGAUGAUUACACUCUGACAAUGCAGAUCCUGAAGCCAGCUGGUUUCAUAGACACAGCUCACUACCCCCUACUGCUACUAGUAGACGGAACACCUGGCGGACAGAUGGUGACAGAGCAGUUCCGUGUGGACUGGGCCACGGUGCUGGUGAGCAGUUACAGCACCAUUGUGAUCCGCUUCGAUGGCCACGGGUCCGGGUUCCAGGGCACCAAGCUCCUCCACCACAUUAGGAGGAAACUGGGUGUGAUCGAGGAGAGGGACCAGAUGGAGGCACUCAGACUGAUAUCCAAAGAAAUGUACAUCGACAAAAGUCGAAUGGGAGUAUAUGGAAAGGUUUACGGAGGGUAUUUGGCCACAAUGCUUUUAAGUUCUGAUGACUCCCUGCUUAAAUGUGGAGCCGCCGUCUCACCCAUCACAGAUUUUGAGUUAUACGCUUCAGCAUUUUCAGAGCGGUACCUUGGAUCACCAAAGACAGACUCUCGAAUAUACUCGAUGGCCAGUUUAGCACAUCGGGCAGGUCGUCUCAUGGACAGGAAGUACAUGAUUAUCCAUCCAACCGCUGAUGAGAAAGUCCAUUUCCAGCACUCUGCAAAAUUCAUCAACCAUUUAAUCAACGAGAAGGCAAAUUACUCUUUACAGAUCUACCCAGACGAGGGACACUUCCUGCAUAGCGAUGGCACUCGGCAACACCUGAGCCAAUCACUGGUCAACUUCUUUGAGGAGUGUUUCCGACUGCCGGACUUACCGAGCGAGGAAGAGAAGGACAAGGAGGAUGAGGGCGAUGGUUAAACCAGCUGACACAUGGUUAACGCUCUAGCCAGUUACUACAGCACAAUAUGCAACAAAUCUUUCUCAACUCAUUACCCCCACCCAUAGCCUGUUUCCAGAUCUGUUUGUGCCGUCUUGCCAACUCAGCUGGUCAGCUAAUGAUAAUUUAGAGUUGGCAUUGGUGAAACAGAUCUAGGAUCAGGCUAACCUACUCCAUCCUCUGUAUAAUUUGGGCUUCUCUUUAGGGCACAGUACCUGCAUGUACCACUAACCUCACACCUCACCCUUUUCCUCUUCCUCAUCACUUCUGGUUGGCUGACAACUGGACUGGCCAGCAGACAUCAAAUUGUGCUGCUGUUUUUAUCCUCUUAGAUGUAAUGGCAAAAUGUAGAUUUUCUCCUAAAUAGAAAUACUCAAAGGUAACUACUAUUCAUGUGUAAUUACAUCAUUCUGACAUGCAAAAACGUGGUAUAUUUGAAAAGAUGACAUCUGGGAAUCAGAAGAUAGGAGUUACAUAGUUCAGAAUACACAAGAUCAAGCACACACAAAAUCAUUUUUAUUUUGAAAGUAAUCGCUCAUUGACAAGCUAUAAGUGAAUUAUUGAUGCCAAGAGCUGGAAACACAUGUGAUGGCUUCCACAACAUGUGAACAAUAUCAGGAAAAAAAUGGGAUUGAUAGACCUAACAACUAGAAAUGGCAGAUGUUUUAGUAAGUGGUGUCAGGUGUGGUCACAUAACGUUUCCAAGUGUCCCUAAACCUCUCCAAAGCGGCAUAUGUCUGUAAAUUAGAUAAUUCCAGUGCUAUUACAUAUUUGGAAUCCCUUAAUGCGAUUUGUUCAGUAUAAAACACACUUUCUACCAUAUCAACCUCACUCAAACAUUGUGAUGGUGUUAUUCAAGUGUCCUUUCAACCUCUCCAAAGUGUCUAAAUGUGGUAAUUGCACUGUUUUUGCACACUGCAUGUGCCCAAAGGUUAAUGUUCACUAUAAAAACUAAAUUUCUACAACACCAACCUCUCGCAAACAUUUGCGGGGUGUCGGACAUACAGGGGAUAUCCAAUGUGUUUUCAUCAUAUUUUUCAUGCGCAAAUAUAGUGACUCGAUGUUGCCAUUAAGUCAUGUCAUCAGAUACAUUUGGCAAUAGGCUAAAUUUGUUCCUACCAACCUAGAGAUUAAUGUCAUACCCCCAUUUAGCUAUAGCUCAAACACAGACCCAAUCGAAGUUUACCUUUGCUGUUUGGUGAAAACGUGUAAAAUCAACAACUGUACGUCACAUGCAGACAAAUAAGACAUCCUCAUGAUGUGGUAUCCUGGUUUACGGUAUGAAUCAACGUAUUCCAUGUUGAUUUCGUUUAUGCCUCACAAGGCUAACCGGAAUGUAGGUAGCAGACAUCUUGAAACGAGGUCAUCGGCUCGGCCAGCCCUUAUGUCCAUAUAUGGCAGUAACUCACCAAAGCUUCUAAGGCACAGAUCAACAGCAAAGAUACUCCGCUUUCCGCAGAUACCCUGCUUUUGCAAAUAGGGGCUACCGUUCUCAUACCAGACUGAACUGAAAAAUUAAAUAGGGUCCCCAAAUAAUGGGUACUUUACAUUUAAGAGGUUAACACCGGAAUCACGGAAACAAUCAGAAACGUUCUGGUGGUUGGUGAAUUAUGUAAUUUGACGAUGGUACCACCCCUGUCCUCCAUCUUUACUGCAUUGGAAUUUAUUAGCCAUAACAUUCGUAGGGGAACUUUUGUGCUAAAGACGUGUGUGGGGGAGAGGAGAUACAACCCACAGGCGGUGUUGACUCUGGUAAAAAAAAAAAAAAAAAAAAAAAACUCUUAGCAGUGCUCCAAGUUAUUUUUCUGGACCAAAUAAACUGAUCACUGAAGGAGACCAGUAAACCCACCUGUGAAUGUUAGAUGCUGUAGUGAACCACCCCAACGGCAUCCGUGUAGGGAUGCAGCACAAAAUAUCCCAUAUUCCCUUCCCAAAUAUCAUGGCUAAUCAAUUCCAAUGCAGUAAAGAUGGAGGGAACAUACAGGAGCUACCCAUUGUUGGUACCAUCAUUAUAAAUUACAAUUCAACAACUUUCUGAGGAUUGUAUCCAUGAUACUAAAACAGCAGUAGCAUUUAUUUAUCUUAAUUGGGGUUUGUAAUGUUCAGUAUGGCUUUGAAUUGAUGUACGGUGGUUACAUUUGGACAUCCUUUCCAAAUGAGGACACAAUGUUAGAGACUACAUGUUUGUUAAACUAUUUUGACCUCUUUUGGGGUUAUUACAUUCAGUAGGACAUUUAUUUUCAUUUGGAAUGGAGCUCUAGUGUUGUUAGUCACUGUGCCUUACUACUAGGGGUUAACCAAGGUAUUCAUGUCAGGGACUAUAAACCCUUCAAUGGAAACAUAACUUUUCAUUUUUCAUGUAAGCAAGAUUGGUCAAAGCCAGCCCCCAGUUGUCCUUCUGCCAACAACUGCAGGCACAUGUGGAGCUCUAUAGUUAUAUACAAACAAAUAUUGUACAACAUGACACGUAAUGACUUCAGUUGAAUCGUUACAAUCUGACCAGUCUGUAUGUAGGAACAUGUGAUUUUAUAACACCCAUUAUAUAUGUACUAUAACACAGUAAUAUUGUGCUUGUAUAAAAUAGACACCUGAACAUGUUCUGGCUGUUGUAACUACAUCAAAGGUUCUUGAGGCACAUUCAGUGUAUCUUUUCUAAUUUGGCAAGUUACAAUGUUUGGUUAUUUGUUAAACAGCUUGAAUGUCCGUCGAGAUGUCAUUUCUGUUAGUAUUGUCAGUGAAAGUUUCUAGUCAGCUGAUGUACAAAAUGUAUAAAUCUUACAUUGUUGAAAAGUCCUGAACUAUGUGUGUGCGACUUGUACAUAAAGCAUUUUCAAAUUUAUCCGA